GAGAGGUUGAUUGGUUGACCAACAUUCACAUCUAAUCGGAAACUUCGUUACGACUUAAUUUUUUGGUAUUAGAGUUUUCGAUUAGAUGACAGUGUCGCCUCUCCUGCCAGUCCGCGAUGUUUCUGUGUUCAAUUUUGAGUAUACUUUGAUAUCUGCAUGAUGUAAAUAACACAAUGUUUUAUGUACAUCAUGGAUGGCAAGCUUCCCAAUCAUCACCAGCGCUUGCAUCUUGCAUUCUCUCUGAUCCAGAUUUGCGCCAUCUGCUUCCAUUUGUGUGGUGGGGUGUAAGAAUUAAACAACCACGAUGGCGAAGAGCUUAAGAAGUAAAAGGAAGCGAAUGUUCAGAAGCAUUAAGAGAAAACGCUAUGCAGCUAAAGAAUUGAUAAGGUUAAAGAACAUGUUGGGAUUGCCGAUCACGGAAUCGGAAGCAGUUGUUCCUCCAUUACACGUCGUAGAAUACAAAUUCAAGAAACAUUCAAAAGUAAGAAGAGCGCCUGAUAAUGACCGACGGAGUUUAAACUUUAAAUUUACUGAGAAAGGGAAUUUAAUACCAUUAGAGCCAUCAGAUGACGAAGCUGAAGAAAUGAAUUCAGAGUCUGAGGGAGAACACAAUCCAGUAACUAAAAUAGAAGUUAAUGAGUCUCAGGGAGAAAAUGCGUCGAAAGAAGGUGCAACAUCGAUGGAUCACUCGCAGAAGAAAGUGUAUGAUAAAAAAACAAUGAGAGACGAGUCUGGAAACUUCCCACCAUGGUUUACUCAGAAGGAUAUUAAAAAACAAGCCAAAAAAAUGAAAUUGAGAAAGAAAAUUAUGAAAAAGAAGGAGAUAUUGAGAGCAAUUAAUGAAAAGCAAAACAAAAAGUUAAUAAGGCGAAAGCCAAAGAGACGGAAGGUUAAGGAGACAACUGAGGAGAAAAGUAAGGAGAUGACUGAAGAGAAAAGUAAGGAGGUGAUUGAGGAGAAGAGUAAGGAGGUGACAGAAAAGUCUAAGAUUGUGGAACAAAGUAAUAGCGAUGAGAAGCAAAGUAUGGAGAUGGAACUAUAAAUGCGUUGAGCAAAACAGUAUAGUGGUCUAAAUUGAUAAUUUAUAUAUGCUUCUUUCCAUCUUUGUGAAGUAUUUUGGGAAAAAGGCAAAUGUUGAUCUCUUACCCGUAGGUGAUUGUUUUGUUGUUCAAAACAAAUUGUGUUAGGAGAGCAGUUAGAUUACAAGAGUGCAAAUUUUAAAUGGGUGUAAAGACAACUAAUGUAAAUAAAUUCUGUUAAAUUGUAUGGCCUGUUUAUUUUUUGCAACAACUUCCUAUUCACAAUGUUUUCGUACAAGUUUAAAUGUUUUAGAAUUGAAGUUUCUACAUAUGUAAAGUUAGAAAUUAUUUCAAGUUUUGGCUUCAAUGGGUUAAUUCUUCUUAACUAUGUAAGCAAUAAAGAACUACACUGAGUAUUCAGGAAAUUUAUUAAUUGGUUUUACUGAUAAGACAUACAACAUUCUUUUGUCUCUUGUAUUAAAUAGCUUUCUCUCUUUGCUCUUUAGCUUUUGAACUGAACAUUUAGAAUGAAUAUGAUAGUAUUUUGACUUGAUUAUAUAAAUUUAUAUAUUUGUUUUAAAAUCUUUUUGCUUUUUCGCCUUAAUGAGUAAGAAGCGAGAGAAUUGUAAUUGUGUGCUGGAGAAGGGCAAUUUUUCGACAGAAAAACUCAUGGAGCCCUGGUAAAAAAAAUUUGGAUAAUUCUUGUACGUACAUGUGAUAAAUUACUUCCUCUGACAUAUGUAGUUAUGCAUAUUUUCUGGGUCUUUGAUGCUGAAAAUUGAUUUAUGACAAAACACAUCUGUCUGCUCAAUGCUAGUGCAAAAACUGUUUAGCUGAUUUUCUCCAAAAUUGAUACUCCAUGAUCAAUUUAACCUUUUAUAGGUUGGGUAACUUUUUAUCUGGAAUUAUUUUAAUUUUUUGUAUUUACUUAAUUUUGAUCUUAAACGUAUGAGAAAAAUAUUAAUUUGUGAUUGGAAUAAAGAUAAGAUAAAUAAGAAAAUGAUGUGGUCGUAAUAACUGCCACAAUCCAUUUAGGGCUAUGCAUUACUCUGUCGUUUGUGAUAGUGUACAGAACCACCUUGUAUAAUUUCUGAAUAAAAAAUAUAUUUUCACAAAUUAACA